GACGGACGGGGGAACCAAGAUGGCGUUUCUACGCUGUAGGCGAGACCCGUGUGGAUUUAUAUGUCUCAUACUAACUUAUUUCAGCGUCUUUUACGCCGAUUAUGUGGUGAUUCAGUAUGUCCUCAUCCCUGCCUACUCGGGAAGUGUGUGGUGUACACUACAUGGGUCAGUGUUUAACUUGAUUCUACUACUGCUGCUGGCCUGUCACUCCAAAGCUGUCUUCUCAGACCCAGGUAUGGUUCCCCUACCAGAGACGGCUAUCGACUUCUCUGACCUGAGGUCCCAGAAUUCACACAUGAAUGAGAGGGGUUGUGAGGGCUGGACUGUUUGUAGUCGUUGUGAGACCUACCGCCCCCCCAGAGCUCACCACUGUAGAGUAUGUCAACGAUGCAUACGACGCAUGGACCACCACUGUCCCUGGAUCAAUAACUGUGUUGGAGAGUUGAACCAGAAGUACUUCAUCCAGUUUCUCUUCUAUACAGGUAUGGCCAGUCUCUACUCCAUGGCUCUGGUGGUGUCAGCCUGGGUGUGGAGAAUACGGAGCGAGAGAGACGGGGAAGGAGAGAAGGAAGGAGAGGAGUCUCCCAGCAAACACCUGAUUGUAGCUCACUACAUCAUUCUCCUGGUUGAGUCGGUGUUGUUUGGAGUGUUCGUCAUGGUUAUCUUCUACGACCAGUUGGUGUCCAUUAUAACAGAUGAAACUCCUAUAGAACAUUUGAGGAACAGACUGAUGAAAGACAGAACAUCGAUCACCAGCAGCACCUCUGAGCCAUCGACACACAUCCCACACACACGCAAGCCCAAACUAGCCCUGCUCAGAGAGGUCUUCGGGAGAGGGUCAGUGUUCUGUUGGCUGUUCCCUCUACAUUCCAGUCCCCCUACCGUCGGUGGAAUCAGCUACUCGGCUGUUCCGGAUUAUGAUGUGUGACGUUCCCGCAACCUUCAAACAACAUUCUGUGAUAGCAGCGUUUUAACGUUCCUUCAACGUUGUGGUUACGUUACGGUCAUCGUAUAAUUAGGGCUGUCAAAUGAUUAAUUGAAUUCGUGGCGUUAGUUAAUCGCAAUUCGUCACAAUAUUUGACACACACACACACCUACUCUCUCACACACACACCUACUCUCUCACACACACCUACUCUCUCUCUCACACACCUACUCUCUCUCUCACACACACCUACUCUCUCUCACACACACCUACUCUCUCUCACACACACCUACUCUCUCUCUCACACACACCUACUCUCUCUCUCACACACACCUACUCUCUCUCACACACACCUACUCUCUCUCACACACACACCUACUCUCUCUCACACACACCUACUCUCUCUCUCACACACACCUACUCUCUCUCUCACACACACCUACUCUCUCUCUCACACACACCUACUCUCUCUCACACACACCUACUCUCUCUCACACACACACCUACUCUCUCUCUCACACACACCUACUCUCUCUCACACACACCUACUCUCUCUCUCACACACACCUACUCUCUCUCUCACACACACCUACUCUCUCUCGCACACACCUACUCUCUCUCUCACACACCUACUCUCUCUCUCUCACACUCACACACACAUCAUAGCCUUCCUUUUCAGUUCUGCCCCUGCCAUCCAAAUUGUGCGUAGCCUAGUCCGUGGUUAUCAGGUUUCUAUCCCGUUAGGUAACAUGACUAGCUAGCUAAACAAUGUUUAUCAAACCAAACAAUGUGUUUAAAAACGGCCGGCGACAUGCUCACGAAUCCACAAAAAGAAAGGAAAUGCAGAGCUCAGACAUGAUUUUGGCUCGCGGUCUAAAGUGAUGUAGUGGCUCUGUUGCGUUUUAAGAGAUACGAUUAACAAAAAUAUUUACAGCGAUUUUCAAAAUGUUAUUAAACGCGUUAACUUCGACAGCCCUAAAUAUAGUAUACAGGUUAAUAUCAUAGGUUACUGAAAUGUUUGGUUAACUAACAUUCCCACAACGUUAGGGGAUCAUGGUAACCUUUUCAAAAAAUAAUGUUCCUUCAAUGUUGUGUAUGCGUUAGGGUCAGGUCACUGAACGAUUACAUGGAAGUUUUGGUUACUGCAGUUUUACGUGAAGGUUGGGUGUUGAGGGAAGGUUGGGUGUUGAGGGAAGGUUGGGUGUUGAGGGAAGGUUGGGUGUUGAGGGAAGGUUAGUUUUAGGUGUUGGGGGAAGGUUAGUUUUAGGUGUUGGGGGAAGGUUAGUUUUAGGUGUUGGGGGAAGGUUAGUUUUAGGUGUUGGGGGAAGGUUAGUUUUAGGUGUUGGGGGAAGAUUAGUUUUAGGUGUUGGGGGAAGGUUAGUUUUAGGUGUUGGGGGAAGGUUAGUUUUAGGUGUUGGGGGAAGGUUAGUUUUAGAUGUUGAGGGAAGGUUAGUUUUAGGUGUUGGGGGAAGGUUAGUUUUAGAUGUUGGGGGAAGGUUAGUUUUAGGUGUUGGGGGAAGGUUAGUUUUAGGUGUUGGGGGAAGGUUAGUUUUAGGUGUUGGGGGAAGGUUAGUUUUAGAUGUUGGGGGAAGGUUAGUUUUAGGUGUUGGGGGAAGGUUAGUUUUAGAUGUUGGGGGAAGGUUGAGGUUACAGUAUUUGAUACGAUAUUACUGAUUAUACUACUGAUGUAUUCUGACUUGUUACACACUACCACUACCACACACACUACCACACACACUACCACUACCACACACACUACCACUACCACACACACUACCACUACCACACACACUACCACUACCACUACCACACACACUAACACUACCACACACACUACCACUACCACACACACUACCACACACUACCACACACACUACCACUACCACACACACUACCACUACCACACACACUACCACUACCACACACACUACCACACACACUACCACUACCACACACACUACCACACACUACCACACACACUACCACUACCACACACACUACCACUACCACACACACUACCACACACACUACCACUACCACACACUACCACUUCCACAGUCAGAAUUUGUCUCAGUGAAGGAAUCACUUCGGUUGUUGACUGUGAGGGAAGAUGAAUCUGAACAUGAUUUAUUUAUAUAGACUACUUUCCAUCUCUACCUGUGUGUGUGUUUGUGGUUAAACGUUUUACCUACCUACAGAUCAGACCUGGGGUUUAAAUACUUUUAAAAAGUUGUGCGUUUGCUUCAGUCCGCCUCGAAUGCCAGAUGGCCAGUGUUUGUACUUUUGGGACUUUUCUAUUUUUAUUUUUUAACUUUUUUUAAUGUCGAGAAGCUCAAUCAAGCCUAGAUACUUUUUCUGAAAUUGUGUCGAAUAGUAUUUGAACCCAGGUCUACUACCUGUACUCACACUGAGUGCACAAAACAUUAAGAACACCUGCUCUUUCCAUGACACAGACUGACCAGGUGAAUCCAGGUGAAAGCUAUGAUCCCUUAUUGAUGUCACCUGUUAAAUCCACUUCAAUCAGUGGAGAUGAAGGGGAGGAGACGGGUUAAAGAAGGAUUUUUAAGCCUUGAGACAAUUGAGACAUGGAGUGUGUAUGUGUGUUAUUCAGAGGGUGAAAGGUCAAGACAAAAUAUUGAAGUGCUUUUGAACAGGGUAUGAUACUAUGUUCCAGGCGCGCCGGUUUGUGUCAAUGUAACAGCUUAACUUUGGACCGUCCCCUCGCCCCGACCCGGGCUCGAACCAGGGACCCUCUGCACACAUCAACAACAGUCACCCACGAAGCAUCGUUACCCAUCGCUCCACAAAAGCCACGGCUCUUGCAGAGUAAAGGGGAACAACUACUUCAAGGUCUCAGAGCGAGUGACGUCACCGAUUUGAAAUGCUAUUAGCGCGCACCACCGCUAACUAGCUAGCCAUUUCACAUCGGUUACAUCAAGAAAUGUAAGGCUGCUGGGUUUUUCAGUUUCCCAUAUGUAUCAAGAAUGGUCCGACACCCAAAGGACAUCCAGCCUUUGGUACAACUGUAGGAAGCAUGUGGAGUCAACAUGGGCCAGUAUGCCUGUGGAACGCUUUUGACAUCUUGUAGAGUUCAUGUCCCAACGAAUUGAGCGUGUUCUGAGGGCAAAGGUUUGCUGUACUCAACAUGAGGAAGGUGUUCUUAAUAUUUAGUUUGGUCAGUAGUCAACAUUAGGAAGGUGUUCUUAAUAUUUAGUAUGGUCAGUAGUCAACAUGAGGAAGGUGUUCUUAAUAUUUAGUAUGGUCAGUACUCAACAUUAGGAAGGUCUUCUUAAUAUUUAGUAUGGUGAGUACUCAACAUUAGGAAGGUGUUCUUAAUAUUUAGUAUGGUCAGUACUCAACAUUAGGAAGGUGUUCUUAAUAUUUAGUAUGGUCAGUACUCAACAUUAGGAAGGUGUUCUUAAUAUUUAGUAUGGUCAGUACUCAACAUUUGGAAGGUGUUCUUAAUAUUUAGUAUGGUCAGUAGUCAACAUUAGGAAGGUGUUCUUAAUAUUUAGUAUGGUCAGUAGUCAACAUUUGGAAGGUGUUCUUAAUAUUCAGUAUACUCAGUGUAUUUUAUGUGUUCUAUUCAUAUGAAGGGGAGAUAUGGUAUUUGUCCCAAACAGCACCUUUAUUUAUUUAACUAGGCAAGUCCGUUAAGAACAAAUUCUUAUUUUCAAUGGCGGCCUUGAAGUGGGUUAACUGCCCUGUUCAGGGGCAGAACGACAGAUUUGUACCUUGUCAGCUCGGGGGUAUGAACUUGCAACCUUUUCGGUUACUAGUCCAACGCUCUAACCACUAGGCUACCCUGCCGCCCCAACCCUAUUCUCCCUAUAUAGUUUUGAGACGGCGACCAUUACGUUGAUUCUAACAACAUGAUCAGGGUACUUGGUUUGCCUCUUGGUUCUAUGUUGAAACGUUUUACAGCUUUUAUUUAUUUAUAAUGAUAUUGUUACUGGCUGCGUCCUGGUCCCAAAAUGGCACCCGUUAUUCCCUAUUUCAGUGCACUACUUUUGACCAGAGCCCCUACGGUGCAUUCUGUAGGGAAUAGGGCGCCAUCAGGGAUACCGACUCGUUUUUUUUAAUCUUGAUUUUGUUUUGUUGACAGCGGAGUGGAAUGUAUAUAUGUGUACAGAGGAGGAAUCAUGUUUCAUGAUGACGUUUACAUUUAUUAAUAUAUCGAUAUUUUACUGUGCAUCUGUCCCAAAUGGCACUCUUAUUCCCAAUUUAGUGCACUACUUUUAAAGGGAAUGGGGCGCCAUUUUGGACGUAUUGUGUGUAUCUCUGACUGUGAACUACAACUGUGUGUGUUUUCUAAAUGCUGCUGGGUACUACUGCAUUAUGUGGAAGUAAAAUAUUUUAAAUCUGGUA